CAGAGAAAGACAACGCUGUGCCAUGCCCCGGAUCAAGGACACUAGAACCACCAGGCAAAGCCUGCUUCACUACCGACCCUCUCGGGCGCUUCUUGGCCCAAUGGCAACGAGGAUCAACGGCCUUUUGUCGGUGCCAUGACGGUGCAUGGUCAACCUUAGCAUGACGUGCAGCUUGCACGUGUUGACAAUUCCCAGCCAGAUUCGGUCCGUUUGACUGCGGGCAUGCUCCCCAGACCAGCAACUCCGGCCGCAGACUGCAGUGCAAUGGCCCGGCACUACUAACCGAGGUGCGCCGUGCCAAGUGCCCUUCUCCACAGACGGGGUUUGUUGUGGUCGCGGGGCCCCGGAUUGUGGCGCCCACGGGAGUGAUCUGGUGUAACGGUGAAAAGGCGUUGACGAUCCUGGGGAAAUUCGCCCUGGAAGACGCACUGAAACGCAACAUCGCAAGGCUUUCGCGAGCCAGGUGGUGGCCUACCUCGGCAGCAUAGUUUUUUUUUGAAGGGCCGAGCAGACGCCGACAAUGUCACCUCCAAAGAUGAAGGCUUGGUAGGUUGCCGUGGUCGUCGCCAUCAAGCAAAAAUCUACCUAUUUAGGUCCCGGACCCUCGCUGCCAUGAUGCUCCAAAACACCACCAGCCAGCCUCAUCGCCUCCGAAGAGCCCAUCCAGUAACGACUAGCCAAAAUGAAGCUGUCAUCGACCUUUUCCGUCCUCACGGUGGCCACUUUGGUUCACGGCCAUGGUUACCUGACCAUCCCGUCCAGUCGGACACGUCUUGGCUCCGAGGCUGGCCUUGACUCCUGCCCCGAGUGCUCCAUUCUCGAGCCUGUCUCGGCCUGGCCCGAUCUUGACGUUGCUCCUGUUGGCCGCAGUGGACCCUGUGGUUACAACGCCCGCGUGAGCAUCGACUACAACCAGCCUCGCGCUGGGCUGUGGGGCAACUCUCCCGUCGCCCGCUACUCUCCUGGCCAGACCAUCGACGUUCAGUGGUGCGUCGACAACAAUGGUGACCACGGUGGCAUGUUCGCCUACCGUAUCUGCCAGGAUCAGGCGCUCGUCAAGAAGUUCCUCACACCUGGCUAUCUCCCCACCGACGAGGAGAAGCAGGCCGCCGAGGACUGCUUUGAGAGGGGCACCCUUCCCUGCACCGACGUCUCGGGCCAGAACUGCGGCUUCAGCCCUGACUGCUCCCCCGGUCAGCCGUGUUGGCGCAACGACUGGUUCACCUGCAAUGCUUUCAAUGCCGGUGACCGUCGCGCCUGUCAGGGCGUUGACAAUGCUCCCCGCGGGUCUUGCUACACCUCGAUUGCCGGAGGUUUCCCCGUCACCAAGAAGAUCAAGCUCCCCAACAUCAACGUCGGUCACACCCUCCUGAGCUUUAAGUGGAACUCGUUCCAGACCGGUCAGAUCUACCUGUCCUGCGCAGAUAUUGCCAUCGGCGAGGGCAGCGGCACCGUCGACCCGCCUGCUUCGACCACCUUCUCGACUGUCAUCACCCCCGGUGCCUCGUGUGCUGCCGCCCCGUCGGUGCCUGUCGUCUUCAACGAGAAGGCCACCACUGCCUAUGGCCAGAACAUCAAGGUUGUUGGCUCCAUCGCCGCGCUCGGCAGUUGGAACCCGGCCAACGCUAUACCCCUCUCUGCUGCCGGUUACACCAACUCCAACCCCGUCUGGUCCACCACCCUCAACCUGGCUCCUGGCACUUCCUUCACCUACAAGUUCAUCAGGGUGGACAGCAACGGCGCUGUGACCUGGGAGAGCGAUCCCAACAGGUCCUACACCGUUCCUGCUGCCUGCCAGGGCCAGAGCGUGGCUGUCGAUUCCACCUGGCGCUAA